AUGUCCGUGGAAAUCAUGCAAGCACCCUCAAAAAUCACUGCAAACUUAGAAGACGUUAAACACCAUGAAUUCGAUUACGUGGUCGUUGGUAAGCAUCAUCUCGAAACCCUCAUGUUCAUGUUCAUGAGCGAUGUUUUAGGCGGUGGAACGACGGGUCUCACACUUGCCACUCGACUGGCCGAGGAUGCCACGAUCAGCGUUGCCGUUCUAGAGGCGGGGGGACUGAAUUUCCCACAUCCUUCGAUAGAUAUCCCUGCUCAGUAUGGUAAAGAACUCGGAAACCCAUACCUCGCCUUUGGACACACCACUGCAACACAGAAAUUCGCGAACAACCGUUCAAUUCCUUCACCCUGGUACACUGUUUAUCUCGAUCCUAUCGCACCGCCUUCGCAAUGGAAACCUUCAGCGAGCGACAUUAACAUAUGGUCGAAACUAGGCACCGAUGGAUGGGAUUGGACCCUUUUCGAUGAGCAUAUUCGAAAAGCUGAGAAUUUCAUCCCGCCCGCUGCCGACGAGGUCGCGGAACUCGGCAUUACCUACGAUAGUUCUAAGUAUGGCCAAGGAGGACCUAUCUCUAUCGGUAUUACUACCGUUGAAUUGUCCGGUGAAAAACAGUAUCGAGAAACAAUGAACAAAUUUGGAGUCCCGACGUUAGAAGCAGCGGGCGGACCUGACAUUCUAGGAACGGGGGUUUAUGCUGCAAGCAUCAACCCCCAAACCGGUUUGCGCUCUUAUUCGGCCAAUUCAUAUUUCGUGCCAAACGCGCAUCGCCCCAACCUCAAGGUGCUCACCAAUGCACCCGUCACCAAGAUCAUCAUUCCCGCAACCAACACGCCCGAAGACGACGUAGUGGCCAGUGGGGUCGAGUUUGAACAUGGUGGAGAUAUUUACGACGUUCAUGCAAAGAAAGAAGUAAUCGUGAGCGCGGGCACACUCGCCACCUCAACAAUUUUAGAGAGGUCAGGCAUUGGCAACAAAGAAAUCCUUGAACCUCUCGGUAUCCCAGUCAAAGUACAUAACCCCCAAGUUGGCGAGAACCUUCAAGAGCAUUGCCUGGCUGCAGUGAUCCACGAGAUCGAUGCGAAAGCGAACGGUUGGGAGACUUUGGAUGGUUUGGCUGAUCCAGAGUAUGCCGCAGAACAGCGCCGCCUCCAGUUAAGUGUCUGGGCUCGGGCUCGGUCUUCACCGCAGCUCGAUCAACAAUAUAACAUGGCUGACACUCAGCGACGUCACUCCAUCCAAGUUUACGUCCCUUGUGGCCAACGAGGAACAAAAGAUUGCGAGGCUGGAGAAAGAAGUUAUUUCGACACGCGAACAGGCCUCGAAGAACAGUACAAGCUUCAGAUAGAGAGCCUGAAGGACAAUCGUGUUCCUGACUGCGAGUUCUCCUUUGCCCCCUUCUUCUUCCCUGUUUCUGGCAGAACUCCAGAGAAAGGGAAACUAUAUAACUCGAUAGUUACUUUCCUCAAUAAGCCAUUUUCUCGAGGAUCUAUUCAUAUCCAAUCUGAAGACGACAAGAUACCUGCUGUGAUGGAUCCGAACAUUUUCGAGCAUGAUAUUGACCUUCAACUUUUGGUCGAAAGUCUGAAGUUUGUGCGAAAAGCGGCCGAGACCGCGCCUUACAAGGAACGUAUUGUUAAGGAGUUAUCUCCCGGCCCAGAGGUUUCGACUGAUGAGCAGCUCGCCGAAUAUGUUAGGAGCACGGUGGGCUCUACCUGGCACGCUGCUGGCACGUGCGCAAUGCUACCCAUGGAGAAAGGAGGGGUGGUUGACUCGAACCUCCGCAUCUACGGAACGAAGAACAUCCGAGUUGCGGAUCUUUCGAUCAUCCCUCUUCAUAUGGCUGCUCAUCCUCAAACAAUGGCAUACGCAAUUGGCGAAAUAUUGGCCGGGAAGAUUAAAGGUCAGAAGUAG